CGCGGGGGGCUGGCUCCCCGGCCCUGGGAGGAGGAGGCAGUGGCGGAGGUACCUCGGGCAGGAGGAGGAGUUGCUGUCGCUGCUGAGAGCUUCUCUCUUCGCCGUCGCGCUGCCGGGAGGGGUGGCAGCGCCGCUCCCCCCCGCCCCGCGAUGCCGCUCUUCGCCACCAACCCUUUCGACCAGGAUGUGGAGAAAGCAACCAGUGAGAUGAACACUGCAGAGGACUGGGGCCUCAUCUUAGACAUCUGUGACAAAGUUGGACAGUCACGCACAGGGCCUAAGGACUGUCUCCGUUCUAUUAUGAAGAGAGUGAACCAUAAAGAUCCCCAUGUUGCUAUGCAAGCAUUAACACUUCUAGGAGCUUGUGUAUCAAACUGUGGUAAAAUCUUUCAUCUAGAAGUCUGUUCAAGAGAUUUUGCCAGUGAAGUAAGCAAUGUGUUGAAUAAGGGUCAUCCAAAAGUUUGUGAAAAGCUGAAAGCCCUUAUGGUGGAAUGGACUGAUGAAUUCAAGAAUGACCCACAGCUUAGUUUAAUAUCUGCUAUGAUAAAAAAUCUUAAAGAGCAAGGAGUUACUUUUCCAGCUAUUGGUUCACAGGCUGCUGAACAGGCAAAAGCAAGUCCAGCUCUAGUUGCCAAAGAUCCUGGUACAGUAGCCAACAAAAAGGAAGAGGAGGAUUUAGCUAAAGCUAUUGAACUGUCACUGAAAGAGCAAAGGCAACAGCAAGCAACACUUUCCUCUUUGUAUCCGAGCACCUCAAGCCUUUUAACAAAUCACAAACAUGAAGGCCGAAAAGUUCGUGCAAUCUAUGAUUUUGAGGCUGCUGAAGACAAUGAAUUAACUUUUAAAGCUGGAGAACUUAUAACUAUCCUUGAUGACAGUGAUCCAAAUUGGUGGAAAGGUGAAACUCAUCAGGGUAUAGGAUUGUUUCCAUCUAACUUUGUAACAGCUGAUCUUUCUGCUGAGCCAGAAAUGAUGAAAGCUGAGAAGAAAACAGUGCAGUUCAGUGAUGAAGUUCAAGUAGAGACUAUAGAACCUGAGCCUGAACCAGUUUAUAUUGAUGAAGACAAAAUGGACCAACUCUUGCAGAUGUUACAAAGUGCGGAUCCAUCUGAUGACCAGCCAGACCUCCCAGAAUUGCUUCAUCUUGAGGCAAUGUGCCACCAGAUGGGACCUCUCAUAGAUGAAAAGUUGGAAGAUAUAGACAGGAAACAUUCAGAACUUUCAGAGCUCAAUGUUAAAGCAAUGGAGGCUCUUUCUUUGUAUAACAAAUUGAUGAAUGAAGACCCUAUGUAUUCCAUGUAUGCAAAACUACAAAACCAACAGUAUUACAUGCAGUCAUCUGGCGCUUCUGGCUCUCAGGUUUAUCCGGGGCAACCUCAAAGCAAUGCGUAUUUGGUGGCAGGGAGUGCACAGAUGGGCCAUAUUCAAGGCUACAACCUUCCUCCUGAGCAGCUGUCUUCUCUUAGCCAAGGCACAGUUACUCCAUCUGCCAGCUCAGUACUGCCUGGUCAGCCUGCACAGGCAUCCUACACAAAUGCAAUGGUUGGCUCUGUUGCUGGAAAUACUUACUCUAACCAGGCUUCAGUGUAUAGUCCACCACCUGCUACUGUUGAUGUCACUGCUUAUCAGAACACUGGAACUAAUAUGUCCCAGGUGCCAAACUAUAACUUACCAUCCACAUCUCUGCCACAGACAGCAGGCAGUCAACAAGCACCUCCACAGCAACCACAGCCUCAGCCACCUCAGCAACCACAGCAUAGCUACUCACAGAAGGCUCUGCUAUAGGAUCCAGGACUUCUGAUUCCUAGUCUUCUUUAACUUCUGCUAAAGGCAGUUGGCAGUUCUAUGAGUUUCUUCCUUUAAUCUAUUAAACUUUGUUUAUCCUCAGCUUAAUAAGAAUCUAUCUUGGUGAACAAGUUCAAUUUGCACUGACUUUUUAGGAUUUUUUUUUCUUCUUAAUUUUGCAGAGGAACGGAUAUAUUUAGGACAUUUAAUUCCUUUUAAAAUGCCUAAAAAUUGGUACAAGAUUAUUUAUGUCUGGUAAAAUUGGCUACUUUGUGAAAAUUCAACACUUGCAAACUGUUGUGGCAUAUAUGUUAUGUACAUAUAGUGUGUGCUUGCAAUAGUGGCCAUGUCGUAUAGCUGUCGUGAUCAUGUGAAUAUAUUUAACACAAUGUCUAAAAAUAAUUUACUUUACUAUUUUAUUUUAAUCAUGAACUGACAACCAUGUUUCAUAGUUUUGUCUAGUUUUAUGACAUAUGUGGUGUCUUUUUCCAAUGCAGGAAAAUCAGUAAUUUUGCAUAUCAUGGUUACACUUACGAGCUAAAGUCUACAUAUGAAUUUACAAAUGUAUCUGAGUCUAGGUUUCAUUACUUCUUGAACUGAACACAAGAGUAUCAUGCCUAUUAGAUGGCUUAUCUACCAAAGUAAACUAAUUAACUAACAAUUGAUUUGGGGGGAUAACAGCAAAUUAUGAUUCUGCUUCAGAUAUAAUUAAUAACUUAAAACUACUAUUCAGAGGCUGCUAAACAUAUCAUGGGACCAUGCAACAGAUCAGGAUCUUGCAUUUUAUCAUAAGAAGCACAUAAUUUAUUUUUUCCAAGUUGUUUUCUACAGUGAGAACCAGAACUAUAUUCUGUGUUUGUUGGUAGAGAUUACACCAAAGACAGAGGAGUUGAGCUGGAAGAGAAGUGAUGGAGUUUUAAACUGGAAUACACAACAUGAGUAACACUAUUCAAGUUUUCUUAAUUAGAACAUGAAGAAUUUAUGGACAUUUAAAAUACUUUGCUAAACAAACCUUCAGGGCUUUAUUUUAUCUCUUGUGGCCUUGCUUAGCAAUUUGUUCUGUUUACUGUUCUACACACACACUUCUGCCUUAAACAUCUGUUUCAAUUUCCAGUUGUACCAUUUGAGUUUAUUAGCCCUUCUAUAGUGUGAACAGUUAUCUUAUUUUCAUUCACUUUCCGGUUACUUUGAACUCUCUUCUGCAGCAAUGUGCAUUAGUCUUUUUUAAAUCCUUGCAUUUCUCAGUAAUUUAGCCAGGUGGCUCUUUAAGGCAUGCUAUUUUCUUUCUGUAGCUGAGGUGCUGCAAAAAACCCCAUGAUAACAGAAGGCGGUGUUUUAGAUAUGCUUGAUCACAGUUUCUUGUACAAAGACUGUUGUUGCUUUGCGUUUGUAUUCAGCCUGUUAAUACAUCCUGCUUUCCUCUUAUCUUUUCCAGCAACUCUGACUCCACUUAGAGCAAUACUAGAUGGCUUCACCACAAGAUCUGUGUUUUCAGACUUGUUAGUAUGUAUGUUGGAAAUUGUUCACUUUUGUGUACUCUGUUUUAGUGGGAUGCUUCUGGACUUAAAGUUUGCAAUUGUACAUUAUACUGUAAGCUGAUUUCAGUUAUCCCAUGCACUCCUACACAGUUACCUGACAUGCCUUUGUUUCACUAUUUUAAUAGACACAGGUAUUUUGCCUGUUAAUGCUUUCAAAUGACUGCUUUGCAUAACUUCCAAGUGGGGUGGCUACAAAACAUGCCCAGAGCUGACGUGUUCCAGCUAGGGAUGUUCUAGCCAGCUGGCUAGUUUGGUACUAAUGGUUUCACAUAUUAUUUUUUUCCUCCAGAAUACUUAAGCACCCUUACAAACUGUCAUUACUUCAGUGCUUGGUGCCAUCACAAAAGUCUGUGGAAUCUGAAAGGAAAUACUAAAAAAAAAAAUUGUGUCAUAGGUAAUUUUUAAUAAAUUGAAGAGGUGAUUUUCUUAAGAAAGAGCAUGUAGCAUCAUUUAGAUAAUGUUCUCUGUAUGCUUUGGGUAUCCUAUUGUAAAAGCAGAGAAACAAUGUGUAUAGAGGUGACGGCUUUACACAAAAGUGAACAUGACUGUUUAAUCCGUAGUUCUUACACCCCGAUUCAAGGAGAAGCUUGAAGCACCAAAAUCAUGCAGUUGGCACUGACUGUUUGCAGUCUUAGGUUUUCACAUGUUGUGUCACAUGUUCCGUAAUAAAGACCUAUGGAACUUCUGUGCAGAAAUGACUCAACAGAAAUACUUUUUGUUACUAAUUGUCUUUGUUUUUAAAAUUUUGGAAGUUUUCUUUCCUUAACACACAGGAAUGCUUAUUCCUGGUUCCUCCUUUGAAAGCUGAAAACUUACGUGUAAUCGUAAGUUCUUCUGCUUUUUCAGCUUGCUUAUUUUGGGCAUUUAUCUGUCUUUAAGAAAAUGAAAAUCACCUUUUAUUUGUGUUCAUCGUGACCGAAUAACACUGUCUAAUGUGAUGCCACUAUAAAUUCAGUAUACUGAAAGCUCUGGAAAAAAAAAGAAAAGACAGACACUUCUUAUUUUCCUUCUUGUCUUUAUUAGUCAUAGAAUCAUAGAAUAGUUGGGGUUGGAAGGGACCUUAAAAAUCAUCUAGUUCAACCCCUCUGCCAUGGGCAGGGACACCUUCCACUAGACCAGGUUGCUCAAAGCCCCAUCCAGCCUGGCCUUGAGCACUGCCAGGAGGGAUGGGGCAGCCACAGCUUCUUUGAGCAACCUGUGCCGGUGCCUCACCACCCUCACAGUGAAGAAUUUUUUCAUAGUAUCUAAUCUAAAUCUCCUCUCUGUCAGUUUAAAGCCAUCCCCCCUUGUGCUAUCACUACAUGCCCUUGUAAGAGAAGUCCCUCUUCAGACUUCUUCUAGACCCCCUUUAGGUACUGGAAGCUGCUCAAAGGUCUCCCCUGAGCCUUCCCUUCUCCAGGCUGAACAACCCUAACUCACUGCUCUAAAGUAUCUCCUGUAACAAAUUGUGAAUUUUAGUUUACUUAGAAUCAGUUUUCAUUGUCCACAAUUUGUGCAGUAGAUCCCUGGAAUUUUAGGUUCAGAGUCUUUGUGUUUCUGUUGCAUCCCACAUUUUCCAUUUCAGAUGCAAUUUUCAGAUUAAAUUGAAUUUGGAGCUGUAUAACUUCAUGUUGAUUUUUCUCAUUUAUCAGAAAAGAUUAUUUGUCUUCUCAGUUGUUUGUGUCCCUUAUGCUAGAUACUCUGAACUGAUGCCUCCUCCUGCCUUGCUAGAUGCUGUCAUUGCACUAAUUCCUUCACUCAUCCUCUUGUAUCCUCUGUAACUGAUAAUUUAGCAAUUACAUUUCAGUUCACCUCCUCUCUGCCAGUUUGGUAUCAUGAACCUGGAGAUGUCGUUUCCGGUGCUUCUCUGUUGUGAUUUAUUGUGAGAUUCCUCAUAUAUGCAUUGUUUUGACCAAGUUCACGUAUGUUCUGUCUUACUAUAGUAUUGAACACUGAAACAUGGGUGAAAGGGUGAAAGCACAUGUUCAGCUACUGUAUGGAAAAGCUUUUCAGCAAAUAAAUGAAGUGCCAGAAAGUUAAUCUGUUUGAAAGUUAAGAAUUCCUGGAAAUAUGUUAUUUGUGUUUCAGUAGAAGACGUAAUUAUUGAAUGUCUUGUUUCUUUACAUGCAACCUUCUCAAUGAAAGGCUAAAAUGUUUUCAUACUAUUUUGUAUAACCCUUUGUUGUUUAACCCUUUCAUUAAGGCAUACAAAAAUGUUCAUUAACUUUAGAAGGGGUAUUUUGGUGGUUGAUUGUCAUGAACUGAGGCAAAUGCUGGAAAGUGCCUUCUGUGCAUUUCACUUCUAUAAACAAAGCCUGUUUACCCAUGUGUAUCAUCUCAUAACAAAGUUGUCAAGAUUUAUUGUAAAGCAUCCCAGGUAAAACACUGAGGCAGUGGUUAGAAGUUGCUACGCUCAUGCCGUGGCAGUGUGUUCCAGUGUGCAGAUGGAGGAACAGUGGCAACAGGUUUCCCCAUCUCUUUUUUGGUACCCGUGUAGAUGUGCAUUUAACAUUACUGGCCAAAGGAUAUAUAGACAGCAGUAAAGCAACGGUUAAAAGGAACAAACCAGAAGAAUUGCAGCAUGCUUCUCAGCAGGUGUGGAGCAGCAUUUUGCCCUCAUGGUACAGCUAUUGUUAAUGAAUUUUGAGGUGGGGAAACUGAAUUUGAGUAACUGGAACUUCAGAGAAUUCUGCCAGGGUGGAAAUGCUUAGAUUAACAAAGGAGAGAAAUUUGCAUUUAAUAGUGUAUAUAUUUUGCUGAUCAAAUCUAGGCUGCUAUUAUAGUUCUCUGAUUUCAUCUAGAUGGCAGGAACAUCAGAUUUACACUGGAGAACUGCUUAAUACCUCAUUCUCCACUUUGUUUAGUAUUUUCUCUAAUAUGACUUACCUUAUUUUUCACUUGUAUUUAAACAAAUAUCUGUGCAGUCUUUACAUAUAAAGGUCUUACCUUAUUCCUUGCCUGCUGGGUUUCACAGACGGGAUGAAAAAGAACAUUUCUAAUUACAGCAGCUACACUGGCACUUUGAAAUGCGUAACUGCAGCUUCCCUUGGAGAAGAUGCGUGUGUUGGUUUUGAAGAACAUGGGAGUAUAAUUUUUCCAGUUAAGAACUCAAGGAGAUUAUUUUUAACUAAAAAGGUAAAGUACAAGUUACAAAAGCCUCCAUUGCUAAGAGCAGGCAGAAUCAUUUUUUACUCUGUUAUUCAGCCUUAGUAAAGCUGACCAGCUCCACUACAGCUAGUCCUUUCUCAUUUUCAGCUGCAGUGAAGAAUAUUAACCUUCAUGUGCGCAUACUAUCCGGCACCACAGUAGAAUAUGGAAGGGCCUUGACCUUUGAACUUUUUUCUCCAAUGUGUAAAAAUGAUGUACUUUUCUGAAGCCUUGUUUCUUAAAUUAGGAUGUUUUGUGUUUUAAAAACAUUCCAUUUGCUACCAUGUAAAAUUGCAGCUCUAAGGUUCACUUUUCGUGCUGCUGCCUUUGCAAAAGGUGGUAGGAGCUUUUGUUCUCUCCUGCAUGUGCUUCUGGAAAUCCAAAUAAUUUUUGUCUCUGUCAUGAAAAAGAAAAGAAGCCUGCUGCAGUGUGCUUUGGUUUUAAUAAACUGUACUCAGUAGCAAAGUGCAUUUUUGGUUUUGUUUGGUUUGAUGCUCCCUUUGAUGUUGGCAUAUGUAUAUAUUUAGAUAUACUGCACUGUUGUACAAGAACUGUUUUAGUAAAUAACACUAUUUGUAAAAACUGUUAAUUGCUUUUGGUAUGAAUGCAAAAUAUUAAAGUUGGAGUAUUUAGUUCA